AUGGAGAUGGAGAGGAUAUGGAAGGACAUUCAGACUUUAUCUCAGGUAUACGCGCAGAGGCGAACACCUGAUAGUCGGACUUUCCUUGCUCAUGGUGAUAGCAUUACUACAACGACACGAUUUUUUCGUAUUGGGAAAUCAACCCUAUACAGUAUUAUUCCUGAAGUGUGUAAAGCUAUAUGGGAAACUUUACAACUGAUAUAUCUACGAUGUCCACAGCAAGAAGAUGAACGGCUGAAAAUUGCAGAUGAAUUUAAUAACAUCUGGAAUUUUUCAAACUGCAUAGACGCAAUUGAUGACAAACAUUAUUAUAUUCAAACUCCGGCUAAUUCUGGUAGCGAAUUUUAUAAUUAUAAAAACUUCUUUAGCUUUGUAUUAAUGGCCAUUGCUGAUGCACGCUAUCGUUUUAUUUGGGUAGACAUUGGGAAUUAUG